UUUUUUUUCUUGCCAACCACCAGCGCCAGACAACAAGCACCACCAACCACCACCACCAGCCAACAACCAGAACCAUGAGCGCCGAAGUUGAGGAGACACUCAAGCGCAUCUCCGGCCACAAGGGCGUCGAAGGCAUUGUGAUUCUCAACAAAGAAGGCAUUGCCAUCAAGUCCACGUUGGAUCAGACAGCCACAACACAGUAUGCAGGCCUCAUUUCCUCGAUUGCUGCACAGGCGAGCCACGUCGUGCGGGAGCUUGACCCACAGGAUGGAUUGACGUUCCUCAGACUGCGAUCAAAGAAACACGAGAUCAUGGUGGCACCAGACAACGAUUAUCUGCUCGUCGUCAUCCAAAACCCAACUGACGCCUAAGCUCAAGCUCCCCUUCAUCUCCACACUUCCUCAUCCUCGUUGUUCUGCGCUUGCUUCUUUCCUUGAUAUGUGUGUGCAUGCUGCAUGCUGAACGGUUGAUGUCCUGCUGUGCAAUCGUGAGUCUUGUGACUUGGUGUGUGUGUGUGUGUGUCUGCCUGCCUGUCUGUUCAUCUGUGCUGCGUUGCUUUUUUUUUUGGUUACAGUUACGACACAUGCCUGUGUGUGAUGGCCAUGUGCAUGUGUGACUUGUUGGUGGUAAUGUUGUCGCAGCUUGUUGUGUAAUAGACGCUCCCCGACACACCUCGUCAUCGCUGCCAAGUUUU